AUCUUGGGAAGUGAUUUCGUACAUAUAUUCUGAAGAAUCUCACGUUUCUACGAUAACCAAUCUGAUCUAAGACUAUUUAUAAACCAACCCUGUUUGGCUUAGAUGUUGAAAAUGUGUGUACAGUGAGAGACAAGCCGGCUUGUUACAAAACAUCUCCCUUUUCCUUGUCAACUCUUGGAGUACGGACGGGACCUGACUUUUGACCACCGGAACUGACUUUCGGAUUGACUAUUAUAAUAAUAGUCAAUCAGAAGUGAUCAAGACCAGCAUUUUGUGCUGAAGGACCGAACAGGAGCGUCCAAAUUCAGCGCCCACCUCAACUUUUUGAAUUAUUCAUUUUAAAACCAUUCGAGCGUAAAACACCUAUAUAAAUCAACCAUGGCUGAAAGCGAGGCACAAUAUUACGACGAGGACGAGGACGAGGAGAUGCCUUUGACAGAGAGAGAUCUCGCAGACGACGCACAGUGGAAAUUAAUUCAAAAGAAUACCUUCACAAGAUGGGCAAAUGAACAUUUAAAAACAGUAAAUAAAACAAUAACAGAUCUUGAAAAUGACUUUUCAGAUGGAUUAAGAUUAGUUGCAUUAAUUGAAGUUUUAUCCGGCAAAAAAUUUAAGCAUGUCAACAGACGUCCCAACUUCAGGACCCAAAAACUUGAAAAUGUCACCAGGGUUUUGGAGUUCCUCGAGAGAGAUGAAGGGAUAAGAAUUGUGAAUAUAGAUUCUUCAGACAUUGUAGAUAGUAACUUGAAGCUCAUCCUUGGGUUGAUAUGGACCCUUAUUUUACAUUACUCAAUCUCCAUGCCCAUGUGGGAAGGCGAAGAGCCCGGACCACAGGAAGGAGGCCCAACACCCAAACAAAGAUUGCUCAACUGGGUACAAAGUAAAGUACCAGAUAUUCCUAUCAAGAACUUCAACAAUGACUGGAACAAUGGUAAAGCAAUCGGUGCUUUGGUUGAUGCUGUUGGACCUGGUUUGUGCCCAGACUGGGAGGACUGGGAUCCCAAGAAUGCCAAGAAGAACGCCAAAGAGGCCAUGGAUGCUGCAGAGAAAUGGCUUGAUGUUCCUCAGCUCAUUAAACCAGAUGAAAUGACCAACCCUAAAAUUGAUGAGAUGUCCAUGAUGACAUAUCUUGCACAGUUCCCCAAGGCUAAACUGAAGCCAGGAGCACCACUCCGUCCAAAACUUAACCCAAACCGUGUCAGAGCCUAUGGUCCAGGUCUGGAGCCCAAGGGUAACCAAGUUGGAGCACCUGCCAGAUUUACCGUGGAAACAUUCUCUGCUGGAUCAGGAUCUUUAGAGAUCACAGUAUUGAAUCCUAAAGGCGUAAAAGAACAGUGUGAAGUUGUUGACAAUAAAGACAGAAACAUGACAUACUCCUGUGUAUAUGUUCCCAGCACAGAGGGAGAAUAUAAGGUCAUCAUUAAAUUUGGUGCUAAAGAAGUCAACAAGAGUCCAUUCAAGGUUAAAGUUGAAGGAGCAGCUGGUGAUGCCUCAAAGGUCAGUGCCGCUGGACCUGGUAUCGAGAAAACUGGAGUUGUUGCCUCAAAGAGAACCUACUUUGAAGUGUUCACCAAAAAUUCUGGAGCGCCAAUACCUAAAAAGGAAGCCGGCAAAGGAAAUGUGGACGUUGUUAUUCUUGAUCCACAUGGUCGUAAAGACACCAUUCGUCCAAGCAUCAACCUGGCCCCUGGUAAAGAGAAGGAGGGAAUUUACCUUGUAGAAUAUGUGGCUUUGGAAACUGGUUUACAUUCUGUCAAUGUUUACUUUGCUGGACAACAGAUUCCUAAGUCUCCAUUUGGUGUGGGUGUAGGAGCAGCAUCAAAUGCUAAAAUGUGUUAUGCAACCGGACGUGGUAUCCAACCAAGAGGAGUUAGGGUCAAGGACAAUGCUCCAUUCAAAAUACACACUAAAGGAGCUGGAAAUGCUGAGGUCAAAGUUCAGAUCAUUGGUCCAGGUGGUAUAGAAGUCAAAUGUAUUCCACAAAAAUCCAAAACUGAGGAAGGAGUUUGGGAAUGCUCAUACAUGCCAAUAAAACAAGGCCAAUAUAUCAUCAACAUUACAUUUGGAGGUGAACAUAUCACCAAAAGUCCAUUUAAGGUUGACGUAGGUCCAACAAAGACCAGUAAGAUUAGGGCCUAUGGUCCAGGUCUAACAGGAGGAGUAUGUAACCAACCAGCUAGAUUUACUGUAGAGACCAAUGGAGAGGUUGGAGCGCUAGGAUUCUCAAUUGAGGGACCAUCAGAAGCUAAGAUUGAUUGUAAAGAUAAUGGAGAUGGAUCGGCUGAUGUUACUUACUAUCCCACAAGUCCAGGGGAAUAUGCCAUCCAUAUCUUGUGUAACGAGGAGGAUAUACCAGAAUCUCCAUACAUGGCUGAAAUUACACCAGCUACAAAUGCUUUUGAUGCUUCAAAGGUAACUGCAGAGGGUCCAGGUUUAGCCAAGACAGGUGUCACAGUAAACAAAUGGGCAGAAUUUACAGUAGAUGCACGUAAAGCUGGAAAAGCUGCACUAAAGAUUGUAUGUGAAGAUGAUCAACACAAACCAGUUACUGUUGAAGUUGUUGACAAGAAGAAUGGAACAUACACAUGUAAAUACAUGCCAAAGAAGAUGUCCAAACACACUGUCACAAUCACAUGGGGUGGUGUACAAAUUCCUAACAGUCCAUUCAGAGUAAAUGUUGGAGAAGUGAGUAACCCAGCUAAUGUUAAGGUAUAUGGACCAGGUGUAGAGAAAGGUGUCAAGACAUUCAAAACAACCUACUUUAUUGUUGAUUGUAAAUUAGCAGGACCUGGUGAUAUUGCUAUUGCCUUGACUGAUGCCCAGGGUAAAGAUGUACCUGUCAACACCAUUGACAACCAAGAUGGUACCUUCAAGAUAGAAUACACUCCAUCAAGCCCAGGAACAUACACUGUCUCUGUCUUCUUUGCCAAUUCAGAAAUUCCUAAGAGUCCUAUCAAGGUCAAUGUUGAGUCAAGUAUUGACCUCAGCAAGGUCAAGGUUGUUGGACUUGAUACACCAAUCAAACUUGGUGAGAAGAGAGAUAUUUCAGUUAUCACCAAGGGUGUAGGUAAAGCAGACGGACCAGUCAAAGUUACCAUGAUAACACCUAGUAAAAAAAAGGUUAACAUCCUUCUUAAAGAAAGUAUGGAGAUACACAAAGGCCAGCUUAUCCCAACUGAAGUUGGGCCACACAUAAUUGAAGUGACAUAUGGCAGUUAUGUUGUACCCCAGUCACCAUUUACUGUUAAUGUCACAUCCUCUAUUGACCUCAGCAAGGUCAAGGUUGUAGGACUUGACACACCAAUUAAAGUCAAUGAGAAACGAGAAAUUUCUGUCAUAACCAAGGGCGUUGGAAAAGCAGACGGACCUGCUAAGGUCACAGCUACAACUCCAUCUAAGAAGAAAGUUGAGGUCCCAUUGAAAGAAACCCCAGAAGGUUAUGUAGGUAACCUGACCCCAACAGAGGUGGGAAAAUACACUGUUGAUGUUUCAUACGGAAGUGCUGUUGUACCUAAAUCUCCAUUUACUGUUGAUGUAACUUCUGGCGUUGACCUUGGCAAGGUCACCGUUACAGGACUUGACACUCCAAUAAAACUUGGAGAGAAAAGAAACAUUAAAGUCAUUACAAAGAGUGCUGGAAAGUCAAAUGGGCCUGCAAAGGUUACCAUGACAACUCCCUCUAAAAAGAGGUUUGAAAUCCCUGUUAGAGUUAGUUCAGAUGGUUAUGAGGGCCAGCUUGUCCCAACAGAAGUUGGACCACAUAAAAUUGAUGUAACAUAUGGCAGUUCUGUUGUUCCAAAAUCUCCAUUCACUGUUAAUGUCACCCCUGGUGCUGACCUUGGCAAGGUCAAGGUUACUGGACUUGACACUCCAAUUAAAGUUAAUGAGAGACGAGAUAUUGCUGUUUUAACAAAGAGCGCUGGCAAAUCCGAUGGUCCUGCUAAGGUUACCAUGACAACACCCACUAAAAAGAAAGUUGAAAUUCCUCUCAAAGAAACCCCUGAAGGUUAUGUCGGUCAACUUGUUCCAACUGAAGUUGGACCACAUAAAGUUGAUGUCUCCUAUGGAAGUUCUGUUGUACCAAAAUCUCCAUUUACUGUUGAUGUCAUACCUGGUAUUGACCUUAGCAAGGUCAAGGUUACUGGACUUGAUACUCCAAUAAAAGUUCAAGAGCGACGAGAUAUUGCUGUUUUAACAAAGAGUGCGGGAAAAUCUGAUGGGCCUGCUAAGGUUACCAUGACAACACCCUCUAAAAAGAAAGUUGAAAUUCCUCUUAAAGAAACCCCUGAAGGUUAUGUCGGUCAACUUGUUCCAACUGAAGUUGGACCCCACAAAGUUGAUGUUGCCUAUGGAAGUUCUGUUGUACCAAAAUCUCCAUUUACUGUAGAUGUCACACCUGGUGCUGACCUUAGCAAGGUCAAGGUUACAGGCCUUGAUACUCCUAUUAAAGUUCAAGAGAAACGAGAUAUUGCUGUUUUAACAAAGAGUGCUGGCAAAUCCGAUGGGCCUGCUAAGGUUACCAUGACAACACCCACUAAAAGGAAAGUUGAAAUUCCUCUCAAAGAAACCCCUGAAGGUUUUGUGGGUCAACUUGUUCCAACUGAAGUUGGACCACAUAAAGUUGAUGUGGCCUAUGGAAGUUCUGUUGUACCAAAAUCUCCAUUUUCUGUCAAUGUCGUCCCUGGUGCUGACCUUAGCAAGGUCAAGGUAACUGGACUUGACACUCCAAUUAAAAUUGGUGAACAAAGAGAUGUUGCCAUUCUUACAAAGAGUGCUGGGCCAUCUGAUGGGCCUGCCAGGGUUACUAUGACAACACCAAGUAAAAAGAAGGUUGAUGUACCAGUCAAGUUGGUACCAGAGGGUUAUAUUGCUCAAGUUGUUCCAUUUGAACUUGGACCCCAUAAGAUAGAUGUUGCCUACGGAAGCUCACCUGUGCCUAAAUCACCAUUCACAGUUGAUGUAGUCCCUGAGGGAGCUGGCAAAGUGAAAGCCUUUGGACCUGGUCUUACAGGAGGUAAAGCAUUCGAACCAGCAACCUUUACCAUUGAUACAAGGGAAUGUACUUCUCCUGGUGAAUUAGGAAUCAAUGUUGAUGGACCUAUGGAAUGCCAGAUAGAUGUGAAAGAGAACCCAGAUGGUACCGUUAAUGUAUCAUACAUGCCUGAAAAGCCUGGUAAUUACAACAUUGAUGUUACGUAUGGAGGAAUCCAAAUUCCCAAGUCACCAUUCAAACCCAAGAUUGAACCAGGAAAACCAACCAAGGAUCUCAGUGGUGUCAAAGUCUUUGGACCAGGAGUUGACAAAGCGGGAGUGUUCUUGGAUUCACCAACAGAAUUCACAGUAGAUGCUAAGUCUGUCUCCCCCAAUGGUACAGGCACUGUCAGAGCUAUUGUCACCAAUCCAUCAGGAACAAAGAACGACACCAACGUAGAUAACAAGAAAGAUGGAACCUACGCAGUUUUGUACACACCUGUGGAAGAAGGAACAAUGGCAAUUGAUGUUACAUAUGAUGAGAUGCCUGUUCCUCAAAGUCCUCUCAAGGUCAAUGCCACACCAGGUAGUGAUGCCACCCGUGUUCGAGCCUAUGGACCAGGUUUGGAAGGAGGUAUUACCGACAAGAAACAGGAAUUCACUGUUGAUAUCAAAGGUGCUGGACAAGGUGGAUUGGGAUUGGCUAUUGAUGGCCCAGCAGAGACACAGAUUGGAUGUAAAGACAACCAUGAUGGAACUUGUACUGUGGAUUACCUUCCAGUUAAACCAGGAGAUUAUGCAGUAUCUAUCAAAUUUGCUGAACAGGAUAUUCCAGGUUCUCCAUUCAAUGUAAAGGUGAAGAAUGAUGUUAACCCCAACAAAGUUCGUUGUUAUGGACCAGGGUUGGAUAAGACCAAGGGUGUUCGUACAGGGGCACCUGCUACAUUCACUGUCAACACUGCUGAGGCUGGAGAAGCUCCAUUAGAAGUCAGCUACAUUGAUGCUACAGGCAAGGCUAAUCCAGUUGAUUUAGUUCCUGUAUCAGAAACUGAAAUCCAAGCUACCUAUUAUCCUAAAGAUGAAGGUAAAGCUAAAGUUGAUGUUCAAUAUGCAGGAAAACCAGUACCUGGAAGUCCAUUCCCAAUGGAAGUGUUCCCAGGAGCAGAUGCCAGCAAGGUUCUUGUUUCUGGACCAGGUGUUGGAAAGAACGUCCAUGCUAGUAUGCCUGCUCAAUUCACCAUUGACACACGUAACGCUGGAAUUGCUCCACUUGAUGUUUUAGUACAGAGACCUGAUGGUUCAUUAAUUAAACCAAAGGUAACAGAUAAUGGAGAUGGAACAUUUGCAGUACAGUAUAUACCUGAUGAUUUAGGUACAUAUGUACUGAGAGUCAAGUAUGCUGGAAAGGAUGUACCUUGUUCACCAUUCAAAGUCACCUCUCAUCCUACAGGAGAUGCCAGUAAAUGUGUCAUCAAAGAAGGUCUUGAGAAGAAAACUGUUCAAGUCAACAAGGAAACUGUCAUUUGUGUUGAUGCCUCACAAGCCGGAGAGGGUAAAGUGACAUGUCGUAUCCGUAGUCCACAGGGUAGUGACAUUGAUAUUGACAUUGUAGAGAAUGCUGAUGGUACAUUCAGUCUCUUGUUUACACCACAGAUAGAGGGCGCUUACACAAUCAGUAUUAAGUUUGGUGGUCAGACAGUACCUGGUGGAGAAUAUGAUAUACAGGUCACGACCUAUCCAGUGUGUGACUGGAACGGUUCCACGGCUGUUUCACCUGAAGAAUAUGAAGAAUAUCUCAAGCAACCGGUUGGAGAAGACCUGAUUACAGCUGAUACCGUAGACUCUGUCAAGAGUGCAGCUCCUGGUGCAGGGUUAUUUGCACCAGUGGACUUACGUAUACCAGUAGGACCUAUAUUUAAUUUUGUAUCAGCCUAUGUAGUCAUGCCAUCUGGUAAGAAGGCGUAUCCUAAGAUCGAGGACAAUAAGGACGGUACAGUGACAAUCCGUUAUCAACCAACAGAAACAGGAUUACAUGAACUCCAUGUCAACUACAAUAACUCAGAAAUUGAAGGAAGUCCAUUCAAGUUCCACGUUGAUGCUGUAAACAGUGGUCAUGUGACAGCUUAUGGACCUGGUCUUACUCAUGGAAUUGUCAAUGAACCUGCCUACUUUACCAUUGUCACCAAGGAUGCAGGAGCAGGAGGUCUUUCUCUAUCUAUUGAGGGACCAUCAAAGACUGAAAUCAAAUGCCAAGAUAAUGGUGAUGGUACAUGUACCGUCAGUUAUGUACCAACAGCACCAGGAGAAUACCAGAUCACUGUGAAAUUCGCUGGACAAAACAUUUCUGGUUCACCAUUUACUUCUAAAAUCACAUCUCCACCAGGAGAAAUUAAGAGGAAGUCUCAAUUUGGCCGUAGCAGUGAAUUUGAACUGAAAAUUGUUGAGGAGGAUAUUGGUAAUUUGAUGGCAACAAUUAGAACCCCAUCUGGUACUGAAGAACCAUGUCUACUCAAGAGAUUAGCCAAUGGUCAUCUAGGAAUCUCAUUUACCCCACGUGAAGUAGGUGUACACUUAGUCAAUGUAUACAGAAAUGGUCAUCACAUACAAAAUAGUCCUUUCCAAAUCACUGUUGGAGAAACUGAACUUGGAAAUGCUAGCAAGGUCAAGGUUUCAGGACCUGGAUUAGAAAAGGGCAUGGCCAAUGAACUGAAUGAAUUUACAGUAGACACUAAAGAUGCUGGUUAUGGAGGUCUAAGUUUGUCCAUUGAGGGACCUAGCAAGGCUGAUAUUGAGUGUACAGAUAAUGAAGACGGUGCCUGUAUUGUCACAUACAAACCAACAGAACCUGGAAAUUAUAUUGUCAACGUUAAAUUUGCAGAUGAACAUGUUCCAGGCAGUCCAUUUAAUGUUAAAGUGGGAGGAGAGCCAUCACCAAGAUUAACAGAAAGAAUAACUCGUCAUAGAGAGGCUGCAGAUGUAAUGCACAUAGGAAGCCAAUGUGAACUUAGUCUGAAAAUUCCAGUGUCUUUCUUUGGCGGGAUCCUGACUUCAGAGCAGAUUGAAGCUAUACAUAUACAACAACAACAGCAAGGCACUAGUCCAUUUGAUAUGACAGCCUCAGUAACCAAUCCAUCUGGAAUCACAGAAUUAUGUGACAUUGUUAGUUUAGAUGAUAAUCACUAUAGUAUCAAAUUUGUCCCCAAGGAGAUGGGUGUCCAUACAGUUAGUGUUAAACACAAGGAUAUGCAUAUCCCUGGUAGUCCAUUUGAGUUCACAGUAGGUCCAAUUGCUGGCGGUGGAUCACACAAGGUACAUGCUGCCGGACCUGGUCUAGAAAGAGGAGAAGUCGAUCAACCAUGUGAUUUCAACAUCUACACACGUGAAGCUGGAGCCGGUGGUCUAUCCAUUGCCGUAGAAGGUCCAUCGAAAGCCGAACUUGACUUUGAUGAUAGAAAAGACGGAUCAUGUGGUGUCACAUACAGGGUUACAGAACCAGGAGAAUAUUUAGUGUCAAUCAAAUUUAACGAUGAACAUAUCCCAGAUUCUCCAUUCAAAGUAGACAUUUGUCCAAGUAUCGGAGAUGCUCGUAAAAUAUCUGUUAGUGCUUUACAACAGAAGGGAUUACAAGUAGGAAAACCAGCUGCCUUUGUUGUAAACUUUAAUGAUGCUCAAAAAGGAAAACUGAAGGCUAAAGUAGUAGCUCCAUCUGGAACAGAAGAGGAAGCCAUUAUUCAAGAAAUUGAUGAUGGUCAGUAUGCUGUACGAUUUAUCCCCAGAGAAAAUGGAGGUCACAAUGUUCAUGUAUUCUUCAAUGAUUGUGAGAUUCCAGAAAGUCCAUUCCGUAUUAUGGUAGGAAAAGUAGAUUGUGAUCCAGGAAUGGUACAUGCUUCAGGAGAUGGUCUUAGGACAGGAAACACAGGUCAACCUGCUAAGUUCUUGGUCAACACAGUAAAUGCUGGACCUGGUGCACUUGGUGUCACAGUUGAAGGUCCAUCAAAGGUCAAACUAGAAUGUGCUGAGAAAGAUGAAGGAUAUGAGUUCACAUACACCCCAACAGCUCCAGGAGACUACUUAAUCACUAUUAGAUAUGCUGGUGUACAUAUUGCUGGUAGUCCAUUCAAAGCCAAAAUAGAAGGUCAAGCUGGACCAUCUGAUGUCAUUCAGCAUGGUAUGUCCCAGGUUGUCGUAGAAACAGUAACUAAGACCAGUAUAAUGAGCAAGUUCAGUGCAUUACCUAAGUUCCAGUCUGAAGCCAGUCGUGUUACAUGUGAAGGAAAUGGUCUGAAGAAAGCUUUCAGAGGAAAACAAGCCACUUUCAAUGUUGAUGUUACAAAUGGAGGAAACAACAUGAUGUUUGUUGGAAUGAUGGGACCUAAAGGCCCAUGUGAAGAACUUUGCGUCCAUCAUAAAGGAGGAUAUGUUUACAAAAUAAAUUACGUUGUUAAAGAACGUGGAGACUAUAUGUUAGUUGUUAAGUGGGGAGAAGAUCAUAUUCCAGGCAGUCCAUUCUGUGUCCAUUGUGAUUAAACUGCAGUGCUCCCAUCGCUGCAUAGCUUUAUAAGUAUGAAUGACGUGCUUGACUUAAAAAGAGAACGGAUAUAUGUUAAGGUGUAUAUGGGUAAUGCUAAAACUCAGCUACAAAAGAUAUAUAGUCACAGUUACCCCUGUUUGUGUUUCAUGAAUUUCAUUGUUAAGAUUAUUAAAAAUUUAUGUUACAAAUGUUUGUUUCAUCUUAGUUUAUUUUUCGUCGUAAAAAAUAUCUACAAACCAACGACUUACCUUUUAACUUUUAUGAUCAAAUGAAAAUGUCACAUUUUUUAUUUUAUUUUGAAAAUUACAAAUUUCACUCUACAAAAAUAAACUUGGAUGAAACUUUUAAUUGUUGAAGAGAUGUAAUAUUUUUAUGGUGCUUUUAAUUUAAUGUGUUUUUGUUACUAUUUUUUUUGUCUUGAGCAGUCUUUGCUUGCAACAAUUCACUUUCAAGCAUAAUAUAGUGAAAAUAAAGACUACUAAGUCUAUUAGUAUUUGUCUGUUAUCAGUUUUUUCCUUUAAAGCAAAACAUUUUUAAGUGGAAAUACUCGGAUAUCUAAGAACAACAAAAAAUAGAAUUUAUGUCAAUUUGUUUUUUAGUAUGUUAUAAGAUAUACAGUAUUUGUAGCAAUUUUACUAUUUUACAGAUUUUCUAGGGUAAUUUUGUUAUUGUAUAGAGUGCUAUAUUGAUAUAGUCCAAUAAUCAUGUAAUUUUGAAAUAUAUAUUUACGAUAUGCAAAAAAAAAAUGUUAAAUAUAUUUUUGUUGGUUUUUCUAUAAAAGUCAUUCAAGCAUUUCUUGAAUUGUUUUUGUUAUAUGUGCAAAUGUACAUAAAUGUAUCUUCGACAUCUGGAAUGUUAUUGUUUGAAAUUUUAAACAAACCUUGUGAUUAUUUUUUACAUAAAUAAAUUGCAAUAAACAUUUUUAGUAUAUUAAAUACACAGUGAAACCAGUUUUAUCUAAACUUGAGUAUUUUUGGUUACAUGCAUAUUAAAUAGUUAAUACUAAGAACCAGUAAACAUUUUUAUAAAUACAUAAUUUAGAUUAGGGCAUUAUAAAGAAGUACAUAGUCGUUAUAUAUGUAGGUCAUGCUAUACAUUUCUUGCCAAAAAAUUACACAAAAUUGAUUAAAUCAAGUAUCGUGUAAGUUCAGAUAAAAAAGGUUUCACUUUUAGCUACAAAUCAAAUAUAUAUGUUGUUUUUUGCACAUUUAUAUAUAUUAUUUUUUUCAUUCAUAAUGAAUCACCUCAUUCAAAAGAAUUGUAUCCCCUUAGUAGGGUUUCCUUGCCAGUAGGUGGAGCUGAUGCAUAGACAUGCGUCAUAUUUUACAGCUUAUGUAGGCUUUUAUACUAGCAGAUAAAUUUUAUACAAGGCAUUUGAAGGCAUUUAUAGCAAUGUGUAUGCUGACUUACAAAAAAUAAAGUACAGUUAAACAUCA